UGUAAACCUUCACGUUUUACUUUCCAGGAAGAAAAACGAAAUCUUUGUGAUAGAUCCUUCAAGCAAUAUUUACUACAACUGGCUGACCAUAAUUGCAGCACCCGUGUUCUAUAACUGGUGUAUGCUGGUGUGCAGAGCCUGCUUUGAUGAGCUACAAGAGGACCACAUUAAAUUAUGGCUGUUCUUGGAUUAUGCCUCUGAUAUCAUCUAUAUUUUUGACAUGUUUGUGAGAUUCAGAACAGGCUUCCUUGAACAAGGCUUGCUAGUUCAGGAUGAAAAGAAAUUGCGAGAUCACUAUACCAAAACUUUGCAGUUCAAACUGGAUGUGCUGUCCCUUGUGCCAACAGACCUGGCAUAUCUGAAGUUUGGGUUGAACUACCCUGAGCUGCGAUUUAACCGCUUGCUGAGGAUUUCUCGGCUGUUUGAGUUUUUUGACCGUACCGAAACCAGGACAAAUUAUCCCAACAUGUUCCGUAUUGGGAACCUUGUCUUGUACAUUCUUAUCAUCAUCCACUGGAAUGCGUGUAUAUACUUUGCAAUUUCAAAGCUCAUCGGAUUUGGAACAGACUCUUGGGUCUACCCCAACGUGUCCAUCCCGGAGUACGGGCGCCUGUCUAGAAAGUACAUUUACAGCCUGUACUGGUCAACGCUCACGCUGACAACCAUCGGAGAAACACCUCCCCCGGUGAAAGAUGAAGAGUAUCUCUUUGUGGUCAUUGACUUCCUGGUGGGUGUCCUGAUCUUCGCUACCAUUGUCGGUAACGUGGGGUCCAUGAUUUCCAACAUGAAUGCGUCCAGGGCAGAGUUUCAGUCCAAAGUGGAUUCCAUUAAGCAGUACAUGCAUUUCCGAAAAGUGACUAAGGAUUUGGAAGCCAGGGUUAUUAAGUGGUUCGAUUACCUCUGGACCAACAAGAAAACAGUGGAUGAGAAGGAAGUUCUCAAAAAUCUGCCUGACAAGUUGAAGGCUGAAAUCGCCAUCAAUGUCCAUUUGGAUACACUGAAGAAAGUGCGUAUAUUCCAGGAUUGUGAAGCUGGACUUCUCAUUGAGCUGGUGCUGAAACUGAAACCUACGGUCUUCAGUCCUGGGGACUACAUUUGCAAAAAGGGAGAUAUUGGGAGAGAAAUGUACAUUAUUAAAGAGGGAAAAUUGGCUGUGGUGGCAGAUGAUGGCAUAACCCAGUUUGUAGUCCUAAGCGAUGGCAGCUACUUUGGUGAAAUCAGCAUCCUAAACAUCAAAGGUAGCAAAUCUGGCAACAGGAGGACAGCCAACAUAAGGAGUAUUGGUUAUUCUGAUUUGUUCUGCUUGUCUAAAGAUGAUUUAAUGGAAGCCCUCACAGAAUAUCCAGAAGCCAAAAAGGCUCUGGAAGAGAAAGGGCGACAAAUUCUGAUGAAAGACAAUUUAAUAGAUGAAGAAGCAGCAAAAGCAGGAGCUGACCCAAAAGACUUGGAAGAAAAAGUAGAAAAACUUGAAACAGCUCUGGAUACACUGCAGACCAGGUUUGCGAGGCUCUUAGCAGAAUACACCUCAUCUCAACAAAAGGUGAAGCAGAGACUGGCCAGAGUAGAAACCCGGGUGAAAAAAUAUGGUAGUGGCACCUUAUCAGUUGGAGAAGCAGAGGGUGAAAAACCUGAGGAGGAAAAAAAGCAGUAAUGGAGUCUUUAUACUUCCUCAUUUAUUUUAUUGGAGAAGGUUGAAGCCUGCGAAAGCCAUAAAUGUAUGUAAAUAUGUGUGUGCAUAUAGACCUGAUUAUUUUUAUAUGAACUCAAGAGAAUGGGUUUUAGCAUUCUUAACUAAAGGAGUAUUUUCUUGUAAAUAGAACACUGUCAUCUUCUUAGAGGGAGAUUUGGUUUGGCAUUGGGGCACUUUUUUGUACUGGGAGUGGGUUUCUUACAAGUCAUGCUCAGAAUGUUUAUUGUGUGUGGUGUGUGUAGAUCUUGACGCAUUGUCUCUUCCCACCUCUGUUGUGUUAAGCAGGUGUUGUACUUAAAGCAGAAGGGAUUG